CUGAGAGUAUUCUCCCUUAGGGCAAGCAGUGAGAGCCCUCCUUCCCAACGUUGGGAGGGAGUUAGUCUGGAACUGGCCGGGUCCCAGCAGCCCAGUUGUGGAGAGCAGCUCCAGAGGGCGCUGACCUCUCGGACGCGGAGCCAGAGCACCCCCUGCCACAAGCUGGGGCUCAGACCGCCCCUGGAGCCCAGGAGGGCAGGUGGAGAAUGCAGCCUCCUCCUCCUCCGGUGCCUGGUCCUUUGGCUCCGCUGGAUGCUGCAGAGCAAUUUGCAAAAAGAAAGCAGAUUUCUCUUUGGUUUGCUGUCUCUCUCCUGGUGGCAUCCAUCUUCAUACUAACCAUUGGCCUUGCAGCAACAACCAGAACUGAGAAUGUGACUGUGGGAGGCUACUAUCCAGGAAUUAUUCUUGGCUUUGGAUCUUUCUUGGGAAUUAUUGGUAUCAAUUUGGUGGAAAACAGAAGACAAAUGUUGGUAGCCGCCAUAGUAUUUAUCAGCUUCGGUGUGGUGGCAGCCUUCUGUUGUGCAAUUGUCGAUGGAGUUUUUGCAGCCCGACAUAUAGAGCCGAGGCCUCUCAACACUGGAAGGUGCCAGUUUUAUUCAAGUGGGGUAGGAUUCUUGUAUGACGUCUACCAGACUGAGGUCACUUGCCAUUCCUUGACCAGCAAGUGCCAGCUAAAAGUGAAAAGCAAUACAUGCUACUGUUGUGACUUAUACAACUGUGAGAACACAGAACAUUCUACCAGUUACUAUGAGUUUGUUGGAGUCAAUGGCUGUCAGGAUGUGAUUCACCUUUACCGUUUGCUGUGGACCUCAACAGUGCUGAACAUCAUUGGUUUGUUUCUGGGGAUCAUCACUGCAGCUGUCCUAGGGGCUUUUAAGGACAUGGUACCCCUAUCCCAAAUGGCAUAUGGUUCUGCACCUCCUCCUCAAAUACUCUACAAUCCAGCUCAACAGAUCUUGACAUAUGCAGGAUUUUGCCCUUCUACGACAACCCUUCCUGCCUACUCACCCUACCCUUUACCUCUUCAGCCUGCCAGCAAUUUUCCAGCUUCGUCAUCCACUGAUAUCUCUUUAUCUGAUGACACCCAGCCUCCGUCUCAGUCCAGCUCCACCUAUGGGCUUCCUCCCAAUGCCCCACCACUCUAUACACCAACUUAUUUCCUCCCUGGGGAAAAGCCUCCACCAUACGCACCAUGAAACAGCAUAGGUUUUCUGUAGUCAAUGACAAUUUUAAAAAGAUACUUCCAGAAAACCAGCUGUUUUGACUGCCUGCAGAUGAACCAAGAAACUCUUUCCAGUUCCACUUACUUUCUUCUCCCUUCACAUUCAUUAAAAAUGGACCAGUAGUCUGGGAGACCUGGCCAGAUAUCUACCAAGAAGAAUGCUGCCAACUUGUGACUGGCACCUUUAAUCCCUUCUUUCCCCACCAUAAUAACUUUGGCAGGGGAAAGAUAAAGGGGAACCUUUUAUCAAGAACACUGUUUGUUCUCUACAGAAACAGCACUUCAUCAUUUCAGAUACUCCUGAGUCCUUUUCUUUAAACCAGCAGAGUACUUUGGCCCUAGGAUUCUUCUAGUCUGGACAGGUGCCUCUUCUGACAUAGAAAGCAAACAGAUGCCUUCAACUUCAUUUCCUUACAGUAUUUAAAAAAAACAUUCUUUUGUCCUAGGGUCCAGAGAAAAUCAGUGUUAUGAUUAAUUUGCAACAAAAUAUGCUAUAUGUUUAUAUGUAUACAUGAAUAUCAUAUAUAUAUUCACAUGUCACAUAGAAGAGAUGUGGUCCCUAUUGUUGCAGUGACUCUGGGUAGCCUUUGUUCUGAAAAGAAAAAAGGUGAUGGUUCAAGUAUACAAUGCUAUAUUUAAAGGAUUGUUAGUUGUCUGAACUAUCUGGGUGUUAACUAUUAGUUCUUGAGUAUAAAGUCUGUCAUCACUAUUGUGCAAAUCUUUUUUAUGGAGGUUCUGUAUUUGAUUUUUUAAAUAUUUGGUUUUGAAUAGUAUGCUCAUAAUGUUUUCUAGAAGAUGCCUAGUUCAUCGAUAGGUGGAGUCAACAAAUGUCUAAGUGCCUACCUUGCCAGAAAGCUGCUGUGUAUAGGAACUAUUCUGACUUGCCCUGGCGGGAUGGGAAGAGGGCAUUCUCUUAUUUUCCAUUCUACUCCAAUCUGUGACUUAAUUUCCUUGUCUGUAAAAUAGAAGUCUUUGAUUAGAUGGUUUUUAAAGGACUUUUCCAGCACUAGAAUUUUCAGAUUCAGUUUUGACAGCUAUGCCUAAAGUGCUAGCUCAGCUCCUAAUUUUUUUUUUUUAAUGUAAUAAAUUUAAUGUUAGAUCCAUUGGAAAAUAUGAUCUUUGGCUCCCUCUGCUGGCUGUAAUUCUAUCAGCUUUAUUUUAUAUGACCAGUCUUAGAAUUGGAUUUGACCUUGAGUAACUGUUAUCGAGGACUACUUAUUUCUUCUGGGUAUCUACAAAAAGAAUUACCGUAGGAGGGGAAAGCAUUAAAAGGAAAACCACUUACAUUCCAUUUGGGUCCUCACAAGUUCUGAUCUUCCUCGAUAAAAAUUUCCCAAGGAAAGAGGAGUGAAGAAAAACACAUGAUGAGUCAAAUCACAGUAAAUUGGGUCAGAGAGGCUAGAAAGUGCCAUACAUAUGAAAGAUACUUAGGUUGUUAGGGGGAGGGAGAGUGGGAAAGAGAACUCUUUGCCAAUGAAGAUUUUAUCAAGAUCCAAAAACUCAUUAUCUUUCCAGUAAGAAGCUGGUUUUGUUGAGAAUAGUUGUCUCAGUGUUUGCAUUCCUGUAUAUCCCAACUGUAAAAUGGUGACCAACCUGGCCAUAUUUGUUUCUUUUUUUUUUUUUUUCACUAACUCAUAUUUCUAUGUAAUAUCCCUAAGAAAAUUGAGGUUUGUAGGUCCAAGUGCUGUUAAACUGAAAAUAGAAAUGUAUAUCCUCAAGCUAUAAUAUAUUGACCUUAAAAACCACAAAUUAACAUUGUUUAUAUUGUACUGUAUUUUGUAUUUA